GGACACAAAGUAAUUCUUUAUUCAAAUAGUUUUCAUAGUUAUAGCUCUCUGGUUUCUCUGUUUGGCUACUAAUAAAAUCCAUCCGAUCGCGCAAGAAAUCUCCGAGAGAAAGUAGUGGAAGAAAAUGAGUUACUACAACCAGCCUCCGCCUCCCGUCGGCGUUCCUCCGCCGCAAGGUUAUCCGCCGGAAGGUUAUCCGAAGGACGCUUAUCCGCCUCCAGGACAUCCGCCGCCGGCUGGUUAUCCUCCUGCUGGUUAUCCACAGGCAGGAUAUCCGCCUCCGGCUUAUGGACCGGCGUACGGUCAACCUCCGCCUCAAUAUCAACAACAACGGCAAGAAGUUGGAUUCCUCGAAGGCUGUGUGGCUGCUCUUUGCUGUUGCUUCGUGUUGGAUGCUUGCUUUUAAGGACAGAAGCAGGAAGCUUUUUGUGAGUGAGUGAGUGAUCAUAUGGUGUAUGAAAUUUUAAUUUAAUAUCCAAUAUCGCAAUGGCUUUCUCUAUCUUUAUAUUCUUAUUUAUACCAACUCUAUUUCUCUUCAUAUAUCUUGAACCUUGCUCCUAAACUAUAUAGAUGUUAAGCAUUUAUUACCU